GCACUUCUUUGUCAUUUUCUGGAUCUGGUUCAUCUUCACUGGAACCUUUUUCAAGACAUAGAACUCGGAAUUCUGAUGAAAAGCAAGGUCGUAAGCAGAUAAUCAAGACUAUUCAACUGAAUAAGUUACCUACUAUAUGUCGCGAAAAUGACAUGCAGCAAAAUAAAGAAACUCAAGUUUACUCCAAGGAUUCUGUUAAUAAGGUUCUAAAUCACAUUUCUGGAGGUAAAACUGCCCAGAUGUUAAAUGCGGAUUGCUGCCAUGAGAGCCGGGAAGCCCCUAGUAGACACAAGCCCCCUUCCGCCACACCAAAUAACAUAUUGACUCCCAAGGCAAAUGGAAUACAUAAACAAUCUGACAGUCGUUCCGCAAGGAGGGUAGCACCACGUACGACAAAAGGUCCACUUAACAGUGAGGGAGUGCCUGAAAUGGAUAAAAUAUUACAUCAUUUCCGAAUGGGCGAAUAUCUUUAUUUAUUCGUCCAAUGGAAACAGAGUAGUCUGAAAAGUGCCGUACUCCUCACGGAUAUUAUCGACAUUUAUUCUCAGCAAAUAAUUGAAUAUAUGGAGGCAGCUAGGGUGGUCAAACCCAGCAACAACUAACAUAAACAUAAUAUUUCACAAGUCAAUAUUAUGCAUCAUACACUUGAUUAAAUUUUAUUCCUGAA